AUGCUUCUUGUUCCCGCCAAAACACAUUUCCAUGCGGAUCUCCUCCGUCGCAUGUCUACUCCUUCGUCCCUGUCCACUCCCCUCCCAUCACCUUCGCGGGUCUCUCUCCUCCCCCCCCCGUCGCCCUCUCUUUCUUCCCUCCCUUCCCGUCACCUUCGCUCUCCCUCCUCCCUUCCUGUCGCUCACCUCGUCGGCUAUAGCUCUCUCCCCGAAAUGGCCUCCUCCCAACGCCUUUCUUCUAACCCCUCCCAUCACACACCUCGUCGCCUACGCUCUCUCUCUGAAACAGCCUCCUCGCGCCCUUCCUCUCUCCCCUCCUAUCACUUUUCCCGUCGCCUUCGCGCUCUCCCUCCCGUCGCCUACGCGCUCUCCCUCCCGUCGCCUUCGCGCUCUCCCUCCCCUCGCCUUCGCGCUCUCUCCCCCCUUGCCUUCGCGCUCUCCAUCCCGUCGCCCUUGCAAUUUCCCCUCUCUUCCGUCGCCCACUUCAUCUCCUAUCCCGUCGAAUUCCUCCUCUCCCCUCCCAUCCCGUCGUUCACCUCCUCUCCCCUCCCAUCCCGUCUUCUGCGCGCUCUCUCCGCCCUCGCCUUCGCGCUCUCUCCCCCCUCGCCAUCGCGCUCACGUUCCUCCCUCCCAUCGCCAUCGCGCUCACGUUCCUCCCUCCCAUCGCCAUCGCGCUCACGUUCCUCCUCUCCCCUCCCAUCCCACGUUCGCCUCCUCCCAUCCCGUCAAACUCUUCCUCUCCCCUCCCGUCCGUCGUUCGCCACCUCUCUCCCAUCCCGCGUUCGCCUCCUCCCAUCCCGUCGAACUCUUCCUCUCCCCUCCCAUCCGUCGUUCGCCACCUCUCUCCCAUCCCGCGUUCUCCUCCUCCCAUCCCGUCGAACUCUUCCUCUCCCCUCCCAUCCAUCGUUCGCCACCUCUCUCCCAUCCCGCGUUCGCCUCCUCCCAUCCCGUCGAACUCUUCCUCUCCCCUCCCAUCCGUCGUUCGCCACCUCUCUCCCAUCCCGCGUUCGCCUCCUCCCAUCCCGUCGAACUCUUCCUCUCCCCUCCCAUCCGUCGUUCGCUACCUCUCUCCCAUCCCGUCGUUCGCCUCCUCUUCCCUCCCAUCCCCUCGUUCCUCAUCUCUCCCCUUUCUUCCCGUCGCUCUUGUGA